AUGGCGAAUCAGCAGUUCUUGGCUAGGCAUUUGCAGCGGGAGCCUCAGCAUCAGCCUCCCCAUCGUCCAGAGUCUAGUGUUAGAGAGUUCCGGUAUAUGCAGCCCCCUUCUUUCUCUGGUGCUGAAGGACCCCUAGCAGCGAAGGAAUUCUUGAAGGUCACUGAGACUAUUCUCACGGUGACCCGUAUUGUCCCUGCUGAAUGGGUGGAUCUCAUGGAUAUUCAGCUCACCAACACCGCUUGGAUAUGGAAGUAUUUUUCUAAGUCAGCUCAGGACAAACUUCUAUGUAGAUUUGUUAAGCUCAAGCAGGGAGGUCGGUCAGUUGAUGAGUACAAGGCCGAGUUUUCUUCUUUGAGCCGAUAUGCUCCCCACUUGGUUACAGACCCUACCAUUAGGAGGCAUCAGUUUCAGAAGGGCCUGGAUAAGUAUAUCAGGUUUGCUCUGGCUGGUAGAGCACUUGCGACUCACGAUGCAGUACUGGAUGCAGCACGUGAGAUUGAGAGCGUGUAG